AUGGGACAAGAGGUGGCAGCGGGUGCAACACCGGUGUCUCCGCCCCCAACUUCUUUGGCACCGGGUUUCAGGUUUCAUCCGACGGAUGAGGAAUUGGUGAGGUACUAUCUAAGGAGGAAGGCAUGUGGGAAGCCCUUUCGAUUUCAAGCUGUCACUGAAAUUGAUGUCUACAAAUCUGAGCCCUGUGAACUUGCUGAUUAUGCAUCCCUGAAGACCAGAGAUCUAGAAUGGUACUUUUUCAGCCCUGUGGACAGAAAAUACGGUAAUGGGUCUCGGCUGAAUCGUGCCACUGGCAAAGGGUAUUGGAAAGCAACUGGAAAGGAUCGUCCUGUGCGCCAUAAAAACCAAACCAUUGGAAUGAAGAAGACCCUUGUUUUCCACAGCGGACGAGCACCUGAUGGCAAGAGAACAAAUUGGGUAAUGCAUGAAUACAGGCUUUGCGAUGCAGAAUUAGAAAGGGCUAGAGUAGCACAGGAUGCGUUUGUGCUCUGUAGAAUCUUUCAGAAGAGUGGUUUGGGACCGCCAAAUGGGGACAGAUAUGCCCCUUUUGUUGAGGAGGAAUGGGAUGAUGAUGCAGCCCUUGUGAUUCCUGGCGUAGAGGUUGAAGAUGAUAUGCCAAAUGGUGAUGAAGCACGAGUCGAGGUCAAUCACCUUAAAGAGGAUAUUCAUCCUCUCAGCAUGGCUCCUCCCCAAGUCAAGAAUCAAAUUGAGCUGCAGUCUCUCCCAUUUGCUUGCAAGAGGGAAAGAUCUGAAGAAAAUCCCGAACUUUCUUUAUCUCAAAGCAAAAGAUUAAAGCAUGAUGAUCCUAACUCAAGUCAUGCAAAUGGAUCGGAAGAUUCAACGACGACAACCCAUGAUACCUUAAAAAUGAUGAUGACGACAAAUCUCUCCCCUGCACUUCUGGAAUUUCCUUUAUUAGAACCUAUAGAACCCAAAGAAAAUAAUCCAGUCAACUCGCUUACCUUUGAUUCUUCCAUCCUCGAGAAAUCUGUGCCUCCGGGGUAUUUGAAAUUUAUUAAUGAUUUGGAGAACGGGAUCUUGAAUGUCUCCAUGGAGAGGGAGACGCUGAAAAUCGAAGUGAUGAGGGCCGAAGCGAUGAUCAAUGUUCUUCAAUCCCGUGUCGAGAUUUUGACUAAAGAAAAUGAGGUCCUAAGACGACAUCAUGUUCAGGAGGGCUAG